AUGAAGUUCACCGGCUUGUUCACUCUGGCUCUGGCCACCGCUGCCAUUGCUACCCCCGCCAAGCGCCAGUCCUCCCCCGACGAGCUCAUCGCUGGCAUCGCUGAGCAGGUCACUGCUCUCGGCUCCGCCAUCGACGGCUACAGUGGUGGCGACAUCGGCAGCAUCCAGGAUGCUUCCGACUCCCUCGUCUCGACCAUCAACUCUGCCGUCGACGCCGUCAACAGCGGCCCUGACCUCUCCAACUCGGACGCUCUCGCCCUCACUGGCCCCGUCCAGGACCUGAUCGACCAGGUUGAUGGUGUCAUCUCUACCCUCAACGGAAAGUCCGACCUCGCCGUCGAGGCUGGUGUUGUCUCUGAGGUCCAGGCCUCCCUCCAGGCCCAGUACGAUGCCGCCUCCGCCCUUGCCGAGGCCCUCUCCUCCAAGGUCCCCGCCGCUCUUGAGGAAAUCGCCGCCGAGCUCUCCGCCGGUAUUACCGCUGCCAUCCAGCGCGGCAUUGACCACUGGGCCGACCUCGAGGACGGCGGCUCCGGCGAGCCCACCGGCACCACCACCUCCACCACCGCCACUGAGACCUCCACCGGCACUGAGGAGCCCACCUCUUCCUCCACCUCCUCCACCCCGGUCAUCCCCACCACCGGCACUGAGGAGCCCACCCCUACUGCUACCCCCACCUCCACCCCCACUGACGACACCCCCGCUCCCCCUGACUUCACUGGCGCUGCCAGCAAGCAGGGCUUCAGCCUCGUCGGUGGUGCUCUCGCUGCCGUCGCUGUCGCCGUCGCCAUCUAA